AUGACAACAACAAUAAGCAAACAUGACUUACAACUACAACAGCAGUUGCAGCAGCAGCAGCAGCAGCACCAACAACAGCAACAAUUGUUACUACUACAUCAGCCGGAGCAUGCGCAGCAGCCGACGCUACAUGUGCAAUACACAGACCAAACACAACAACAACAAGCAAAUUUACAAAAGCAACAACAUUCUUCACACUUAUUCAAAUCUACAACCAAUAAAAGUUUGUUAAUUAAAAAUACCGUUAGUAGUUUAGUCGAUAACACCACAAAUAUUUACGAUUUAGACGCUGCGACCGCGACGCUGGCGACAGUAACUGCAACUGCUGCAACGCCGUCAGCUAGCAUCACAACAACAACAACAACCACAACAACACGCUUAGAUAGUGCAACCGCAAUUAUACAAAUAGAUUCUCUAAACAACAACACAACUAGUUUAAGUGUCACAACCAACGCCAUCACAACCGCCACCACACCGACCAACAACAACGGCUGCGUGUUGAUACCAACCAGCGAAGCCAGCGAAACGGAACCGAAGACACAAAAGCGUCGCUCACUGCUCAACUUCAAAUCGUUCGAUUUCCAUAUCAAAUCGCUCUAUUCGGGCUUGCGCAACGGCAACAAACACUCCCAGUCGCAAUCCUCAUCACUGGGCGGUUGCGUCGGUGGUGGCAGCAAAAGUGGUGCUAGCGCUGCUGACGGUGACGGUGCCACAGAUAACGCGAAUGGCAGCGGUUUACUGGACGCCGUCACACCGAUUGGCAACCGCGGCGGCACAGCAAUCAAUAAUCGCAUGCCACCAUAUCUCAAAAUCGAAUCGGUCGAUGCUGAGGAGGCGGAGAAUCUACUGCUCGAUUAUCCGCAAUCACCGUACUCGUCGCGUCGCAAUAGCUCCCACGAAGACGACCAUCGUUCCAGUUCGCAGCUGUUACACAUCAAUCGUUACGACAUGUGUUCGCGUUCGCAGGCCAGUUCGCCUUCCCCGUACUACCUGUCGCCGUAUGCCAUCGAUUCGGGCAAUAUACGACGCUCCUCUACGUCGGACAUUAUGUCGUGCAAGCGCAGCGGUACAUCCAGCGCGAGUGAUAGCCGUCGGCCGAGCACGAGCGAUCUGUUGCGGAAGGCGCGUGAACGGCGCGGUAGCGAGGCGCGAAUGGGCCGCAGCGUUUCGCAUAGUGGACUGCCGCGUGGUGGUGGGCCCCGUUUGGGUGCGGGUGGCGGCGGCGGCGGUGGACGGCGUACGAGUAUGGCAUUUUAAAGCCUUACAUUUGGCAAUGCAAUAAUAAAUAGCAGCGUAUGUUAAAAGGUAGUCGAGCAUUUCUAUGCGUUCUCAAGCGCGGUUGACUUUGUCGCGUCAUGUGUACUCUUGAUGCUCUCUACAUCGUUAUGCAAUUAAGUGCUUAUGAAUUUUUAAAAUUUAAUUAGACAAUUUAAAAUUAUCGUAAUACAUAACUAGUCAAGUAUUUAUAAUUAUAAAAUAGCUUAAAUAUUUAUUAAAUAAAAAUUAAAGCUUAAAUUAUCAAAUAAAUUAUGCAAAAAUAAAGAUUAUUGCGAAAAUUUAAUACAAUACAAAUUAAAUAACUUUCAAAAAUAAAAUCUAUAAAAAAGACACACAGUUCAAUCACAAUCGAUGACACUUCAAAUUGUAUGCAAACACUUUUUUCUCACACAUUUCUUCACAAUAGCCAAAUAGCCAAAUUUCUAAAAUAAAAAAUCGCUCACUUUUCACUUUAUUUCUUAGCGAAGACACAUUACGUGUGCAAACCUUUAUGUACAUAUGUAAGUGAUUUUAGGGAGGUUAAAUCGUCGAUAAUAAUCGCUUUUGAUAAAAGAGUUUCAAAAAAUUAAGGCUCUGAGGAUUUGGUUCGUAACUACAUACAAUUUUAAAUGAAAAAACUGGUGAUUUUAGACCAAUUAAAUACUGCUAAUAUUUUUAGGUUAUGUUUCAAAAUUCAAAAUUAAUUUUGAGAAACGAAACCAAAAUAAUUAAGAAAUACAUUUUAUUUCUGUAGUUAAAAAACCAUUGAAUAACCAUUAUUUGGAGUAUUUUUUUUAUUUAUCGACGACCAGUUUAACUCUAAAUAACUUACUUUAGAAGCUAACAUUUAAAAGCAUGAUUCAUAACCUAAAAAAAUAUACAAAUAUUUGUUAUAGCAUUACAAAUAAUAUAUUUUACAAAAUAAAUUCUCGCAGUUUGGUUGGGUUUUACAGUUUCUUCCUAAGAAAAAUUUAAAACACUUAAUUUUGGCUCUGUUAAAAAACUUUAAAAAACCUCAUAUUCUUUCAUAUUCAUUUGUUGUUGUAAACACCAUUUAAUUUCAAAAUGAGUGCAAGGCAAAAUUUGUGGUUUUUAAUUUCUGGAUUGCCUGAAAAGUGGACAUUUAUCUUGGUUUGAUUUUAUUAUAUGGGGAAUGUCUUUUCAAAAGUGCGUAUCUACAUCUUAAUUUUUUUUCACAAAAUAAAAAAACAUUACAAAAGAAAUAUUUACAGACCUACUGAAAAAUAGUAUUUGCUUUUAGAAACUAUGGCAUUACAUAGUUCUAACUAGAGCUACAGUAUUCUUAAAACACAGAAUAUCCCCUUUUGACACGAGACUUUAGUAAUAUCCCCAUUUGUUGUGCACUUUUUGUAAAUGCCUUCUUUAGUUUUGCACUAUGUUGUAAAUAUCCCAAUAAAUAUUCCAUUUCAGUAUUCUGUUAUUCAGGACUGAAGUUUGGAUUAUUAUUAAUAAAUAUUUUUUUAUGCCCCUUCAGUUCAGUUCAUCUAAAUUGUACCAUUCUUCUCCAAACUGUUUCUUGAGUAAAUUUGAAGUCUCUUUUUUCUUGCAUUCUUUCAGCGCCCGUUGUACUACGUGCAUACAAAUCAUCCAAAGUCAAAAGGGGUCGGUUACCCCUUUUUAGUAAUGACAUAGGUUGUUUUGUACCAGAUUCAAAUCUAUAUUCUUUAUAGGCCGCCAAUUUGACAGUGGUUGAAACACGAACCAGUUCUCUCUCUUCAAAGCUUUUUAUAUCUUUCAGAAUCCAGUAUUGUUCUAAUACUUUUAAUUGACCAUAUUGCUUGAAAAUAUCAUAAUACACCUUUUAUGUUAUGAAAAGAACAAAGCUAUGUUUUUAUGGAUAAAAAUAUCCCGUUUUGAAAAGACGCUAACAUUUAAAGCAUUUUUACUUAGAAACUAUCUGGUUCAGAUCAUUAUCCAAGCGGCAAAAUUAUGUAUAUUAGCACUUAGAACAAGACUGCUUACUUAGUUUAAAAAAGAAUAAACAUGUAAGUAUAUGUAGUCUUUUGAAAAGACACUUCUCACAUAUUGAAAUGUUUUUGAAUCCUACUUGCAACGUAAUGUUUUUUUAUAUGACAAUUCGUUAAGGGAAUCAGAAUCAGGGUUGUGCAUAUGGGCUUAUUUGAAAUAAUUAACGAACUAGCUUUUACCCGCGACUUCGUCCGGAACAUGAUAGAGCAAAACUCCCAGCAAAAACCAUAAAAAAUCACUAACUCAAUUCAGUUUUCUGCCUACUUCCUAUCCCCUAAGUACGAUGACGUGAUCAUUUUGAUCUUAUAUCCGUUUUUAGGUAUCCAUCUAUUACCUUACUAAAUUUCAUCAAAAUCCGUUCAGGCGUUUAGACGUGAAAAAGCAAAAGUCCCAACAAAAACGACUAAAAAUCACUAACUCAAUUUAGUUAUCUGUCUAUUGCCAACUCACUAAGAACGAUGGCGUGAUUAUUUAUAGCCUAUGACCAUUUCUAGGUUAUCAUCUAUCACCAUACCAAAUUUCAUCAAAAUCCGUUCAGCCGUUUAGGCGUGAAAGAGUAACAGACAGACAGAGUUACUUUCGCAUUUAUAAUAUUAAAAUAUGGAUUGUGGAUAUAGAUUUUUUACCCAUUCAAAUAAAUAUUUUUAAAGUCUGCAAGAGAGAAAUUUUAUUAAUUUUUCAUUACUCCAGAAAAAGUCUUCUAAUUAAUCUCUUAAGUUGGGUGUUAUUUAGUAAUCAAAUAAUUGUACUAUUUUGCAAGAACCUUGAACAAGUUUUUAUAAGGCUUCAAUUUGGAAAUUUAUGUAGUUCUUGAGCUUCCUGUAAGUCGCUUGAAAUGUUUUUACGGAGCACUUAAUAUAUUUUAUUUCCAUCGAGUCUGGAUUAGCUCUCAUUUUAUUAAGGAAUUUAUGUAUUAUUCAUUUAAAACAAGUUUAUGUUGGAUUCCUAUCAACAUACAUUUAUAACUGCUUUGAAGACAAUAUAAAAAUAAAUAUUACUAAAUAGCAGCUACAACCGUUUGCGUAAAAAUUGCUCAUAAUAUGGAAAUAAAACAUGGAUGCUUACAACUAAAUACUUAUUGAAACAUAUUAAACAAACAGAAAAAUUAAUUUUUAAAACAAAAUAGCAUAACUAAAAAUACACGCUAAUGAAACCAAGCCAAAUUUUUACUUAAUAAUAAAUAAUUAAAAAAUACUAAUAAUAAUAUAACCCAAUGCAUUUUCAGUUACAGUGAGCAUUUUGAGAAUUUUGGUACCGCAUACAUACAUAUGUAUGUAGAUAGCAAAGUAACAUACUAUUUUACAUUCUAACCUCACUUUUAACACUUUCAUCUCUCUUUUGAACAAUUAAACAUGUACUGCGGAUAAAAAGAAAAUGAAUUAAUCAAUUUACAGCAUCACCUUGAACAAAUCACAAUUUCAAGACUUUAUAAGUGAACAUUCUUAGUUCCAUGAACAAUAUAAAUUAUAAAUAAAAUUAGCAAAAAUAACUAAAUGCAAAUUAGUAAACUUGAAAAAAGUUGUGACGCCAUCAAAAGUAAAGUAAUUUGUACAUACAUAAGUAUAAAAGUGCGAGUAGAUAACUAAUUUAUAUUAUAUAACAUAAAGCAUUUCAAUAGCAUUAAAACAUACACAUACAAUGUGACGGCAUAAAAUUUAAGAGCAAAUUAUUUUUUUCAUUCAAAUUGUUAACACUAAAAUGAUUGCAAAACCAAUAAGCACAUUAAAUAAUGCUUAAAAAAUUAACAAAUUAAAUUAAAGUAAAAGAAAAACAAAUAUACUCGUAUAA